CCAUCCUCUCAAAGCAUCUUUCGUAUCCUCCGAGGACCUUCCUAAAACCCGGAGUAUCUGUUCUGAGCUCUAGUCCGGCUGCUGGGAUAACUUUACGCAAACAUCUCUGCGGCCUGGAUAACAUUUUCUUCUCCAUCUGUGGCAACCUGUUACUCAGGAAUUCUGACGGCUGUAAAGGGUAGCUCACAUAAAAAAAAAAACAGACAAGAGUUUAUUUCUUUCUGGAUUAAAAGUAUCAAUCAGAGGCAACUUUACUCCUAGUGACAGAAAUUGGAGGAAAUAUGACGGCGCUGGCAGGAGGCUUGCCGAGAAUGAUGAGACCGACUCCUCACCAGAACUACAGCCGGGGAGGAUACUCGCUGGAAGUUUCCACUCCAUUAGGGCAGGGUCGGGUCAACCAGCUCGGAGGAGUCUUCAUAAACGGCAGACCUCUUCCUAACCACAUUCGCCAUAAAAUCGUGGAGAUGGCGCACCACGGUGUCCGGCCUUGCGUCAUCUCCCGGCAGCUGCGGGUGUCUCACGGCUGCGUCUCCAAAAUCCUCUGUCGGUACCAGGAGACGGGCUCCAUCAGGCCGGGGGCCAUCGGAGGCAGCAAACCAAAGCAAAGUGCUUCUCCAGAAGUGGACAAGAAGAUUGAGGAGUAUAAAAGAGAAAAUCCUGGCAUGUUCAGCUGGGAAAUUAGAGACAAACUACUGAAGGAUGGAAUAUGCGACAGGAACAAUGUUCCCUCAGUGAGCGCCAUCAGCCGUGUAAUGCGCUCCAAGUUUGGGGGAGUUGGUGAGGAUGAGGAGGAGGAGGAUGAGAUGGUGAAGAGGACGCUGGAGGAGAGCGAACCCCGGACGAAACACAGCAUCGAUGGUAUCCUGGGAGACAGAUCUAGCCACUCGGACGAGGCUUCCGAUGUGGAUUCUGAGCCAGGCCUACCUCUAAAGAGGAAGCAGCGCCGCAGUCGCACAACCUUCACGGCUGAGCAGCUGGAGGAGUUGGAGAGAGCAUUUGAACGUACGCAUUACCCAGACAUCUACACGCGAGAGGAGCUGGCUCAGAGGGCCAAACUGACAGAAGCUCGAGUUCAGGUGUGGUUCAGCAACAGAAGAGCUCGGUGGAGGAAACAAGCAGGAGCCAAUCAGUUAAUGGCUUUUAACCACCUUAUACCAGGCGGUUUUCCGCCAUCAGCCAUGCCAGGCCUCCAGCCUUAUCAGCUGUCAGAAAGCCCUUACCCUCCAACCUCUAUAGCUCAAGCUUCUGAACAGCCGAGUACGGUCCAUCGGCCUCAGCCUCUACCGCCCACCUCCGUCCAUCAGAGUGCACUCAGCUCAUCUGGAGCUUCCCAAGAUGGAGGCUCAGGAUAUUGCCUUUCUUCUGGAAGACACAACUUCUCAGGAUAUUCAGACAGCUUUGUGUCACCAACAGGACAUGCUAACACCGUUAACCCGAGCAUCAGCAACACCAUCUCACCACAGGUGAUGGGCUUACUGAACCCGAGCGGAGUGCCUCAUCAGUCCCAGAGUGACUUUGCCCUCUCCCCUCUCACAGGAGGCCUUGAGCCCAGUGGAGCCAUGGCUGCUAGCUGUCAUGGCUCUCAGCGCUUGGAGGCCCUUCCAAGCCUGAGCAGCAUGCCCCCCCUACCAAGCACACAGUCUUACUGCCCACCUUCCUACACCUCCCCAGCCUAUGCCGUCGACCACCACCCUAGCUACCAGUAUGGACAGUACAGUCAAAGCAAGGUGCCUUUCAUUAUAUGAAGCCCCGACAUGGACUAAGAAAUAUCAAUACUAUGACAUUCCUACCUGGAGAACACCGCCUUCCAUUGCCCUUGCCAACUUUUACAGCCCUGUGGAGAGCAAGACCAGUACUAGGGGAGGUGGACUUACC